AUGGCCGAACAGUCGCGGGAACCCAUCGCUGAGAGUCCCAAAUCAGAAAGAUCCAACAAGAUGACUGAGCAGCCGCCAACGAUGCAAACGGAACUACCCCAAGACACUACGCUUCAAGAAUCCCCCGUUGAAGGUCCCCAGCCAAGGCCCAAACGAGAUACUGUUUUACAGCUCGAGGCAGCAAUGCAAUCUUGUAGAGAAACCUUCGGACCAGGACAGCUAUCUGCACCCCUCCUCGAUCACGAGAGGACGUCUUCGCCCAUCAGUGAUCCUGAGAAUUGGCCUGCGUCCACCCGCGACUCUGAACAGUUGGUUAGAGCCAUAAGCGAUCCUGAGAAGUCUGAACUGGAAAGAGAAACUCGCGGUAUGUUGGGAUCGAUGGAUGAAAAGAAGGAAAAGAAGCGGUCCGGGCAAUUCUUUGCACCCAUCGACAUAACCCCAGCGAGGCCUGGGCUGCCUGCAUCUGAGCCAGCGCGAUCCAGUUCCUUCUAUGAGCCAAACCUUCAGAGAAAGCCGCUCCCGGUAAGGUCGUAUACGCAGAAUCCCCCUAUAAGGCUGGAGAGAGAUACUCUAGCUAUGCUUGAAGGGAGUCAUGAGCGACCGGAUUCGAACGAGUCGGGACCCCUGUCGCCAGCACCCUCAAGUAUCAACGAAUCUAUUGAUUGGGGUGCACCUCCACCGUAUGAACAAAGUUUUGAAGAUACAAAUGGGCACAUUUCUACUUCGAUCUUAGACAAUGGUCGUAUUUCCAUGAUCUUCAGAGGCCGGAGCAGAAGAUUCACCUCUUUACCUCCACUCCCAGAGUUCGAACCCGAGGCCGAACAAACAAGGCAAAAAGCAGAAAAUUCAUAUCCCUUGCUCAACAUCGUUAUCCAGGUCGUCGGAAGUCGAGGUGACGUUCAACCUUUCAUUGCCUUGGGACAAGAGUUACAGGUUGUUGGUCACCGGGUCCGUCUUGCAACCCACGACACAUUUGAGGAAUUUGUCAAGAGUUCUGGACUCGAAUUCUUUCCAAUCGGCGGAGACCCGACAGAACUGAUGGCUUACAUGGUCAAGAAUCCCGGCAUCAUACCCAAGUUUUCUACCAUCAGAGCUGGCGAAAUCUCCAAGAAACGGAAGAUGGUGAACGAGAUGCUGGAAGGAUGCUGGAAAUCAUGCACGCAGCCAGACCCAGCGACCAACAUCCCAUUCGUAGCUGAGGCAAUUAUUGCAAACCCUCCAAGUUUUGCACACGUUCACUGCGCACAAGCUUUGGGAAUUCCGGUUCAUCUCAUGUUCACCAUGCCGUGGAGUGCCACACGAAUGUUUCCCCAUCCACUAGCCAAUGUCUCAGUUACGGACACUGAUCCGACAAUAACAAACUUUCUCAGUUACAGCUUGGUCGAUUUGAUGACCUGGCAAGGGCUUGGAGAUGUCAUAAAUCAUUGGCGCAGGAAAACGCUGAAUCUGGAGCCGUUCUCUACGAAGACCGGGGCUGGCUUGUUAGGAGAUUUGAAUGUUCCCUUCACGUACUGCUGGUCACCAGCCCUUAUUCCCAAGCCAAUUGAUUGGCCGGCUCAUAUCGACGUUUGUGGGUUCUUCUUUCGAACACCCCCGGACUACACACCUUUCCCAGAGCUCGACGAGUUCUUGAAAGCUGGCCCUCCUCCCAUCUAUAUUGGAUUCGGAUCUAUCGUCAUGGAGAACGCCGAGAAGAUGACCCAAACGAUUAUUGGAGCAGUGAAAGCUUGCGGCCAAAGAGCAAUUGUCUCCCGGGGGUGGAGCAACCUUGGGAAGGAUGUAGCGCCUGACCCAGACUUCCUCUUUAUCGGGGAUUGUCCCCAUGAAUGGCUCUUUAAGCACGUCUCAGCAGUCAUCCACCACGGUGGUGCCGGAACAACAGCAUGUGGGCUGCUCAAUGGCCGGCCCACGGCAAUCGUCCCAUUCUUUGGCGAUCAACCAUUCUGGGCAAACAUGGUUGCAGUCGCCGGAGCAGGGCCACGCCCAAUCGAGCACAAAUCUCUCAAUGUCGAGUCCCUCUCCAAAGCAAUCAAAAUUUGCGUUGACCCGGCCACCGUCCUUGCCGCCGAGAAAAUCGCAUUGAAAAUGAAGUAUGAGAAAGGCGUCCAGGCAGCUGUGACCUCCUUCCAUCGGAACCUUCCCAUCCACAACAUAACCUGCGACCUGGUUCCUGAUCACCCGGCGAAUUGGGAUUGGAAGAAAGGAAAGCGCACUCUCAAGCUCUCACAUCGAGCGGCGGCCAUCUUGGUCGACAACAAGAAGAUCGACGCCGCGUCUUUGAAGCUUCACCACUCCAAACCCAUUUUUAUCGAGAACCGCCGCUACGACCCUGUAAGCGCUGUAGCAUCCACUGGCGUCGACAGCAUCAAGAACAUCUACCUCGCCAUAGAAGACACAGCCUUAACGCCUAUGAAAGAAUACCGCAAGGUCACUGGGCUCAAUGGAAAGGAGCUCGAGACGGACAGUUUGCACAGCAACACCUCUCACAAGAGCGCCGCUGGUGCAGCUGGUAAAGCCGUCGGCCGCGGGUUCGGCAAAGUCGGGUUGGCGCUGACGAAAACGAUGGUGGACAUUCCUGUAGCGGCUGCAAAUGGGCUGCAAAGUGUGCCGGAGGUCUAUGGGUGUAAGUCGCGGGACUAUGGCGCGAUCACGGGGUGGAAAAGUGGUGCUAUAGUGGGCAUGAAGCUGGAUUCCAACUCAAAUGGCGUGGAAACUGAUAUCUUGUUUUUUCAGAGUCUGGGCUAUGGCUUCUACGAUGGAUUUGCUGGCUUCGCAAAUGAGAGUUAUAAAGGGGCCAAGAGAUCAGGCGUGAAAGGUAUGGUGUUAGGCAUAGCGCAAGGCACUGCGCAUCAUGUGACGCAGCCUCUACACGGAUUGGUCGGGGUCAUCGCCUAUCCAGCCCUAGGCCUAUAUCGUAACCUCGUCCCUGUAUCAGUAACCGGUGUCCAGCGCGAUAUCCUUCAGGCACAACAGGCUUACGGGAUUUGGCUCGCUGAAAACAAACCAGUAACUCAGCAGGAGGUGGAUAAGAUCAUAAAGAGCUUUGAAGAGAGGAUGAAGAUGAAGGAGUCUGCGCAGUAUCGCAUCAGAGCUGCUGACACUGUCAGAGCCAUGAUGAGAAACUAA